UACGUCACCAAAAUACCAAAAUUUAACCUCACUUGUUGAGAAUAAACAGUUUUUUUGAAAUCUGUUUUUUUUUAAGUAUGAUAGAAGUAACGGCAAAAUUAUUACACGGUCAUGUAUUUUUAUCCGGUGAAACGGUCGAGUGCAGCAUUUCAUUUAGUCAUGUACCAUUGGCUUCCCACAGGGUGUCUCAAAGUCACACCGAUGUUUUUGAAAGUUUAGCCUGGGCUGCCGCCCAAAUCCACUGCCAAUGUUUUACAGACUCCAAAAUACAGAAAGAUGUGGACAGAUCAAGCCUACAACCCACAUUUGCUGAUACUGCUUUAGGGGCAACUAGCCAGGAAUCAGGUCACAUAGAGAUCGCCACAAAGCCAAAAAUUUUAUUCUGUGAUUUGAGGUUAUCGCCAGGGCAGACAAAGACCUAUAUUUAUAGAGAGAAAGUUCCAUCAGACUCUCCACCUUCUUACAGGGGACAGUUAGUCAAAUACUCAUAUAAAAUCAUUGUAGGAACACAAAGGGUUAAUAGUCCUGUUAAAACACUCAGAAUACCAAUAAGAGUGUUACCUUUGUGCGAGGUGUCACUUAAUGACGCUGGUGCAUUGUGUAAUGAAACAACAGAAGAGUUGGCUCCAGCGAAUCCAUUUUUAGAGAUAAGACAAAAGGAAACAUCUCUUGAUAUCUCAUUGCAAACAUUACAAAAUAUAACAGCAAGACGUAAUCCUAAUUUUUACAUGAUUUCAAAUACUUGGGGCAAAGUAGCGCGGUUUUGUCUUUUUAAACCUGCUUACAAACUUGGGGAAGACAUAAUAGGGACUUUUGACUUCACAGUCGCAACAGUUAAUUGUGUCCAAGUCUCUGUUUCUCUACAGUGUGAAGAAGAAACCACAAUUGAUGUAAAUAAAGAAAAAUCGAAACAAGUCAGAAUUAUUACAUUCAGUAAACAUCAUGAAGUUUGCUUGGGGUAUAAAUAUACGCAACUCAUUUUACCAAUUCCACUUCAUGUUACUCCAGCAUUCAGUACGAGAUUAGUAACUUUGAAAUGGCGAUUGCAUUUUGAAUUUGUAACGAGUACAAGUAAAGAUUUAGAAUCACCAGGACUUGACCAAUGUGGUUGGCAAGCCCCAUCUGAGAUACCUAUUGAAACCAUGGUGUGGAGUUUGCCCAUAAGACUGUACUCCACAACUCCGAUCCAUGUGGCGCAGGGGGUACAGGGUAAUACAGUUCAUAAACUAGUGAUAAGAUAAACAGGUGGUAAAUAAAACAGAUAUUUCUUUAUUAAAA